CUCCCACGUUGACCGUUGCGAGUUUAAAGCAUCCCCUUCCUCUCGCCCCUUCUUCCCCCACCCGCUCUUCCUCUUCUCCGCCGAUUCAUCCCACCAUCGCGAAACCCUAGCCCAAGGGAAGAGAGAGAGAGAGAGAGAGAUCGGCGCCAUGAACGACCUCAUGACCAAAUCCUUCAUGAGCUAUGUCGACCUGAAGAAGGCGGCGAUGAAGGACCUGGAGGCGGGGGGCGACGGGAUCGAGCUCCCGGAGUCUGGCGGCGUCACGGACGAGCGCCUGCGCGGGUUCUUCGAGGAGGCGGAGGCGGUGAAGGCGGAGAUGGCGGCGAUCCGCGACGCGCUCGACCGCCUCCACGCCGCCAACGAGGAGGGCAAGUCGCUGCACCAGGCCGACGCCCUCCGCGCGCACCGGGGCCGCGUCAACGCCGACAUCGUCGCCGUGCUCCGCCGCGCCCGCCACAUCCGCGCCAGGCUCGAGUCCCUGGACCGCGCCAACGCCGCGCAGCGGAGGCUCUCCGCGGGGUGCCGCGAGGGCACGCCGCUCGACCGCACGCGCACCGCCGUCACUGCGGGGCUCCGGAAGAAGCUCAAGGACCUCAUGCUCGACUUCCAGGCGCUGCGGCAGCGGAUGAUGUCCGAGUACAAGGAGACCGUGGAGCGCCGCUACUACACGCUCACCGGGGAGGUCCCCGAGGAGGAGGUGAUCGAGCGCAUCAUCUCCGACGGCCGCGGCGAGGAGCUCCUGGGCGCCGCCGUCGCGGAGCACGGCAAGGGCGCCGUGCUCGCCGCGGUGCACGAGAUCCAGGACCGCCAUGACGCGGCGCGCGAAGUGGAGCGCAGCCUCCUCGAGCUCCACCAGGUGUUUCUCGACAUGGCCGUCAUGGUGGAGACGCAGGGGGAGAAGCUCGACGACAUCGAGAGCCACGUCGCCAACGCCUCCCACUACGUGCAGGGCGGCAACAAGGAGCUGGGCAAGGCCAAGGAGUACCAGCGGAGCAGCCGCAGGUGCCUCUGCAUCGGCAUCAUCAUCCUGCUCCUCCUCGUCCUCCUCGUCAUCGUGCCCAUCGCCACCAGCUUCAGGAAGUCUUGAGCGAAAUGUGAUGUCCUCGUCAUCGUGCCCAUCGCCACCAGCUUCAGGAAGUCUUGAGCGAAAUGUGAUGGAGGAAGAACAACGCUGGGGUUGUGAAUUGUGAUGAUGAUGAGUUUCGGACACUCUGCGGUUGUGUCUCGUGUUGUUUGAUUUCGUAUUCGUUAAUUUUAGCCCGAAUGUUUCUGUAUCCAUCAGGAUUUAGCUGAUGAAAUCACCGUUAACUGAAUGAUCAGUUCCUUUGUUACGUGUACUGUAUGACAUGAGAUUUAGUGGUGACAUUUAGCAGUUGAAAUUCAAAAUUA